AUGGAGGAGACGAGUAACGAGAAGUUCCUAUCGCGAAGACGUUCCGCCGCUUUGAAAGCUUUUAAAGUAAAAGACGAAAGGGUGGCUACCCUCAAGAAGGUAGCAGCAAUUUUACAAAAGUCUGAAAUAGAGAGGACGGCGGAGGAAACUGGAAUACUUAUUUCGUGCAGCGACGUAGUGAAGGAGGUUAAUUUACGACAAGAGAAACGAGACAAAAUUAAAGCAAGAUUAGAAGAAGUUGAAGAUGCACCCGAGAUCCUGGAGGAGAAGUGUAUGCGCUUGGCAGCAGCGAUCAGUAGAGCGACAUCGCUGGCUGUGUACACUGGUGCUGGCAUAAGUACAGCAGCAUCUAUCCCAGAUUAUAGAGGAACCAAUGGAGUUUGGACUCGAAUGCAGCAAGGAAAAGAUAUUGGGAAUCAUGAUCUGAGCCAAGCGGAACCAACAUUAACACACAUGGCACUUUACGCAUUGUAUAAAGCUCGAGUUCUGAAGCACGUGGUCUCUCAAAACUGUGACGGAUUACACUUACGCAGUGGUAUUCCGCGUAAUCUUCUUUCCGAGGUUCACGGGAAUAUGUAUGUGGAAGUUUGUAGAGCGUGCAAACCAUCCAGAGAAUACUGGAGACUCUUCGAUGUUACUGAGAAGACUGCGCGAUAUCAACACCAUACGGGAAGAUUAUGCCACAGAUGCAAUUCAAUGUUGCAAGAUUCUAUCGUUCAUUUCGGUGAAAGAGGUAGCCUUCCUUGGCCGAUCAAUUGGAAUGGAGCAACCAGAGCUGCAAAGCAAGCAGAUGUCAUACUGUGUUUGGGUUCUAGUCUAAAAGUUCUCAAGAAAUAUCCGUGGUUAUGGCAAAUGGACAAACCUGUCCAGAAAAGGGCUUCACUGUAUAUUGUCAACUUGCAAUGGACCCCGAAAGAUGAAAACGCUGUAUUAAAGAUAAACGGAAAAUGUGACGAGGUGAUGAGGAAAGUCAUGAGUCAUCUUGGUUUGGAUAUACCGCAGUACAAUCGUACGAAAGAUCCGAUCUUCUUCCACGCGGUAAAAUUGCAAAAUGGUGAACGGCUCUCCACGACUCAACCGUGUCUCGAAGAGCCACCUAUCAAGAAGGAGCCUCUAAGUCAAAGCAGUGAUGAGAAUGUUGAGUGUACAGUGCGACAAACGACCGAUGACAAAGAAGAAGACUGCGUGUCGACCGUAACCACCGAUACAACGACUGCUUACCCAGCGCCAUUUUUCACCGCGUUACCAUUUCUGUCUAUGGGCUUACCAUUUCCUCCUAUGUACAUGUAUCCCCAAUUAACGCCGGUAUUUUAUUAUCCUUUCAUACAAAUACCGAAUACGCCGACAGAAGCACCGAAACCCAAACCAGCUUGUUCGUUUUGUAUGGAACACGAAGGAUCUCUCUCUUGUUUGUACUAUCAACGUGACGGAGACAUCACGUCAAACAAAACGGAACGAAAGCAAGAGGAAGAGGGUACGAUUCACGCUCCUAUAGCGUCUCCUAAGAAUCCAGGCUGGUUUGGUAAAGGGUACCGUAAGGGCAUGAAGAAGAAACGGUAGCAUCCGCUCUAUGUAAUUUGUGCAGCCGUCUCUNUCUCUCUCUCUCUCUCUCUCUCUCUCUCUCUCUCUCUCUCUCUCUCUCUCUCUCUCUGGCGUCUGCUCUUUAUCAAAAUUGCAAAAUAAUCUUACGAUAUAGUAAUGCGUACACAAGUAUUUUGAGUCUCCAUAUCGUAACGCGACUCGUGCACAUUUUGUAGGUUUAUAGCAAUUCGAUUCCAGUAUUCGAAGCUUUAACAGAUAGACUGAAAUUUCCCAAGUAAUCCUUCGUAAUAUUUGAAACUAAGACAAUCCACCAUUAUUUUUAUCCUUACAAUUAUCGUCAAACUUCCAAUGCGUUUAAACUUCCCUCGCGCGUAACCAUACAAAGCAAGAGGCGAGAGGUCGUACAUUUGAACUCGAAGCGAGCGAUCCAUCGGAUUGGUCAUCGAAUGUUUUGGCAUCGCAGAGCUACAAUUCUGUCAUUUUGCGAAAUAUUAAUCUUCAUCAAUCUUAAUUAUACUUUCGACAACUCGUUGCUUUUUUUCUUCGAACAUUAGGAGGUUCAAUACGAUGGCAUAUUUAGGAGUAUACAAAUGUAUAGAUACAACCUACAGACACGGGAUGACUGAAUCUUUUUUAAUAUGUGGACAAAGUAUGCGAGCUCCUCGGAUUAAACUGUAAGGACGGAUCGAGUGGUAAUGAUUUGCCAAACAUUGCGUACCGCAUUGCGUGUAACAAACGCGCUUCCUAUCAGUCAAAUCGACUACAACGCACGAAAACGUAUCGUUAAGAAAGAAAAAAACUCAAAAAAAGGUAAACAAGGAAAAAAUUUGUCUUUUGAGCGCAUAAAGCGUCUAAUUUAUUGGUACUUACGUAUUAUGUAAGAUAAUUUCGUUGAUAUUUACAUAUCAUUUAUAAGUUAUAUGUUGUAUUUAUAGCGAAAACUGCAAUAUA